AUGGAAAAGUUCACAAAAUUCUGCGCAGAUGUUAAGGAACUCUAUAGGCGUUCGCAAGAAGAAUUUCUAGUGUCGCAGAUAAACGAAGCGACUGAUUACCUUGGCAUACGCCCUCAGUUUUCGUCUUCGCCUCCGCCCAGUCCUCAGCCAGAAGAGCCGUUUAUCCCAAACAGCCAAACCCCCUUAUCUGUGGUCACUGAAUACGAGAAGUACGAUUAUGACGUAAAAAAAGAAGUGGUCUUCGCCAUAGUCUCAGCAAGAGUGUAUUAUUAUAUUCGCGACAUUCCAAAGAAAAUAGGCGUCUUUAUAAAUGAUAAAAAAACAUUUAUAAUCAAUUUUGUGGCGUAUGCGCCUUUUCUUUUGUUUUUGCUUGCAAUCUUUGCCCCGGUGCAGUGCAACCUUUUUUUCUUUUUGAUAACAAUGGGGUGCAUAGGAGCAAGGUACAAGCUAGACGAUGAAAUUUCAGAAUUCUCCAUGUAUGUGUAUGCUGUUAUGGUUGUGGUGGCAUUCUUUCUGCUGUCCAUUUGGUCUCUUUCUUUUUAUCUUUUGCUGGUUGUGUAUUUCGGCUUCAUUAUCCACAGAAUAGCACAAAUGGUUGUGUAUACUGAGCGGCUGUGCGGCGCCAUGUACCUUCUUUCGAUAAUGUGUACUUUUUUGCUCUGUUUGAACCGCUACUGGGUAUGGAAAAUGGAAGAUAGCAUACUGUGGAUGGUGUUUUUGCAGGCUGUUGUUUUUGUAAGCUUGGUGUUCCACUCGAUGAUUCUCAAAUUGCUGUUCACAUGGAUCAACAAACACGCCAUGAACGCCAAUAUAUACGGAAGAGAAAUGUAUUACAACAGGUCUGAUCUAAAAAUGAUUGAAAAAAGAUUGCUUGAGCUAUACACGCUCAAAAUGGAUAUACUGAACGAUAUAGACGAGACGCUAUACAGCACGCCCAAGUUGGAAAAUAGAAGAAAAGUGCGACUGCAUGAAAUUGAAAGAGAGAGUCGCUACCAAGCAAAUAGAAAACGGGUGCUGAAUGAAAGAAAAAAAACCAUAGAAGAACAUUGGGCUAGACAGUUUAAACUUACCAACUAUCUGCUAAACAUGAAAUAUGAGCCCAUUGAAAACUUUGAUUUUCUCCCUGCGUUCUGGGUAUUGGCUAUGCUAGCUGUAUCUGUCAUGGCAGGGCUCAUUAUGCUCCAUAAGAUUUCUCCUUCUAGCUACGAAGUACUUCUAAAAUAUGUAUAG